CUAGAAAAAGUAAACAAUGACUAUGGACGGCUAUUUUGUGUAAAGAUCCCCAGACAAUAUUGAUCCGUUAGUUAAGACAUUAAUAUGGGCUGGAAAAUAUGGGCUUGCGUGGAUUACUCAUGGGCUACUGCCCAUGUAACACCGAGAGCGUACCAAUCACGAGAUCAACGCGGUCCACUACUCCACUAUAAAACAACAUACAUUAUACGUUACAAAGAAGGGUUCAAAAUUCAAAACAGCUUCUCAGAAAAGGAAGAGAUGGCGGGAAACGAAUCUCAGAAGCAAUUCCUAACUCUAAUCCGCGACUUCGCAUCUGAAAAAUCUCAAGGAGAGCGAAGAAUAACAAACCUGAAGAAACGAAGUCAAGAGCUUCAAUCGGAGCUUGAAAUUGCAAACACUGAGGUUGAAAAGGCAAAACAUCAGAAGGAGACUGCUGACCAAGAGCUCAAAGGCUACGAAGUCGAAUUGGCCAGGAAUGAAUCUGCUAUUCAAACCCUAGAGGAAAGGAUCGUUUUUAUUCAAGAUGAAUUAGCAGCCUACGGAUCUGAUGUAGAGGUUCUUAAGAACAAAGAAGCAGAAACUCGAGAUGACUUCAUUGAUAAAAUGUUGGAUCUUAACGCACAGAUAAGGAAAUUCCAUGAGACAAGAGCCUCUAUAUUCCAAAAUUAUAAUUGCAGUGAGUCAGCAUCAAAGCCUGCAGGUCCAGCAAAAGCCAAAGCAGAAGAUGCUGAAGCUGUCAAGAGAGACCUCCAGAAUAAGCUGGCUCAGAUAGUUUCCCAGAUCACUAAGGAAGAAGAGGAAUACCAAGUUGAACAGAAUAUUCAUAGGCAGCUUGAAGAGGAGUUGAGUAUUUUGGAAAAGAAAGCAUCACUGAUAGAGGGAAUCUCAAAAGAAAAUAUGGAAAUGCAGGAGUUAGCCAGGCAGACUUCUGAAUUGGAAAACAGAUGUGCUUCCCUUGGUGAUGAGCUACAAAAGAGGUCGGUGUGUCCCAGUUGCCAUAGGGACAACACAGAGGCAUUAGGUGAAAUUGUUCAAGCAGGCAAUGGAAAUUAGCUUCUUGCUAGUAGUCCCGGACAUUAUGCUGAUGAUAGUCAAAAGCAGGACGUUGAGGUGCUUACAUAUCUGCUCUUAUGUCUUCCACUGGAUUUACUUUUGGCUAAGCUUUGCUCUACUAUAGAUAGGGCUAGUUUGCAUAACUGACAUUCCUAGUUUUUCUACUCACUUCCUCUAUACUUCCAAAGAACAAAUGUAAUGAAAGCUGUAAAAUGAAAACAUACUUUUAUCACGAGGAUAGUAGCAAUUCUGUUCCUUCA